GUAAGUACCUUCUGAGCACAAUCUACAAACUAGAAGGUUAAGAACAUACCACAUCUUCAAGCAGAGGUGCUAUCCCCGGGACCGGGAUAUCGCGGUGUACACUCACGCUGCUUGUAACAUAAACUGCAAUCCAUCGUCCGGGAAGUACAGUUUCUAGUCUCGCUUUUGCACCGAGAUAAUCUCCUGCCUAUGAGCAUGCCUUUCACACGAGAAUCGCUUGCGAAUUGAGCGUCGGGAUUCUUUCAUCGCGGACGCCUUCGAAUACCGUAAAUGAAGCUGUAGCCGCGUCAUAUGCUACUAAAGCGUGCCUGCCUGCCUCGAUGUGUCCUGCGUCGCGCACGGCAGAUAGUCAGCCUAGCUCAGUCAAUGGGGUCCUAUCAGCAUGCGCGAGAAGGCCGCUUCUGGAGGACCAAACCCAUCAACAUAACUUUCGGUUGGAAAAAGACAUGGUAGCAAGCGCAGGCUGACGAGCGUGAUGCCUCCAGACAGGCGGGAAACGUGAGCCGGGUAUCGUCAGAUGGGCCAAAUUUUACACGAUGGACCUGAAGUGUAAGCAGGUCUUAUUUCGAGUUCUACCGAGCUGCAUCGCCGCGACGUAUUGGUGUCAUGUUGGCCUUCAUACAAGGGUUCUUUUCCACUGUGUGAGCGCACGUUGACAAAAACAGCGCCGUCGAUUACUGCUCUUACGAUAUUCCCCUCUCGUUAAGAUAACAGUAGAAGCGAGUGCGGAUGCUGAACCCUUCGCAUAUAAGCUACGCCUUCAAAGUGUAGAAGGCGUCUACCCCUCGCCCCAUCGGCAGUAGUAGCUAUUGAUACAUCGGCCACCAAUGUCCCUCUAUGUGCCAGCAGCGUUCCUUGCGGUCGGCGCCCUCCUCUUCGUCUUUCGCUUAUUCAACCGCGGCGGCAUAAAGCAUAUCCGUGGCCCCCCGUCCCCGUCCUUCAUUCUCGGUCAUGACCCCGUGAUCGCCCGUCAAGAAGAAGCGGGUAUCCUAGACAUACAGUGGAUGAAAGAGUAUGGUCCUACUUGGCGAGUUCGAGGUGCCUUCGGGACGGAUGUUAUCAUGAGUGCAGAUCCCAAGGCUAUCCAGCACGUAUUCCAAAAGUCAGGCUACAACUAUCCGAAGAAGAUGUCCCAGAAUCUCCUAAAUUGGCUUCUAGCAGGUCCCGGCAUAGCGGCGGUUGGGGGUCACGACCACCAGCGUCAGCGGAAGAUAAUGAACCCGGCGUUCAGCGUGCCCCAGCUCCGAAGCUUCUUGCCUUUAUUCCAGCGUAUCGCGACCAAGCUUUCAAACAAAUGGAAGGGAGAGCUCGUGGCCACUGGUGAGCUCAGCCUGCUGUUAAACAAAUGGCUGUCGCGUGCAACACUGGAUGUGAUUGGAGAAGCGGCGUUCGAUUACAACUACCAUGCUCUUGAUGACGGAGAACGCAAUGAGAUUUCGAAAGCCUAUGCGAACAUCUUCGCUGACGCGAGCUACAUGCCGUCGACGGCAUCCUUGUUGUUCCGUGCUGCUUGGGAUUACAUUCCUACCCCUGUCCUCAAGUUGACCAGAUAUAUUCCACUCAAUCCUUAUACCCGCAUGCGCAAGCUCAAUAACAUGUUUCGGGAGUACGGCAAGCAUAUCCUUCGAGAGCAGGGUCCUGAAGUGGAUACGGAGAAGAAGGUCAACAGCAAGGACGCGAUGAGCAUUCUCAUCAAGGCGAAUCGUUCCGCGGACUCCAAGACGCGCCUGGACGACGAGGAGCUCUCCGCCGAGAUGUUCACCCUCACCCUUGGUGGCCACGAAACCACCUCCACCACGCUCACAUUCCUCCUAUACGAACUGGCGAGGCACCCCGAGUACCAAGAACGCAUGCGUCAGGAGAUCAGAGAUGUUCGCUCCAAGGUCGCACAGUGCGGCGGGGCUGAACUUACCACCGAGGACCUUGACUCGUUGACUCUCACGAACAAUGCUAUCAAGGAGACUCUCCGGUUCCACCCGAUCGCCCUCGGCCUUGCUCGCGUCGCCCUCAAAGACGAUGUGAUUCCCCUCACGUAUCCGAUUGUGUCGACGACGGGCGAGACGAUCAGAGAGAUACCGGUCAAGGCUGGACAGGCUUUCUCUGCGUCUUUUGUGGCAUACCAACGCCUGACGGACGUCUGGGGUGAGGACGCCAACGAGUGGAACCCAGACCGGUUCCUCCGGAUUGAGACCUCCAAGCAGCCUGCGAAUGUCGGCGUGUUCGCGAACCUGAUGACAUUCUCUGCCGGAAUCCGGGCCUGCAUCGGAUGGCGGUUCUCGGUUCUGGAGAUGCAAGCGUUCCUGGCCGAGCUGGUGGAGACCUUCCAAUUCUACCCGCCGAAGGAAAAGGUGGAUAUCCAGCAGGCUGUGGCCGGUAUCAAUGUGUUCCCUGCCAUCCGUGGCAAGGCGGACCAAGGUAGCGCGAUGCCAAUGCGUAUCUCGCUCGCGCAGUGA